UUCUGAACAAGGAAAGAGACAUGUUGAAAAUAGUAUUUCUCUAUGUAUUUAUAUAUGGAGCUGCCAACGAUGUUCUAGCAAGGAGCCACGGCAAAAGGAACAAAUGGCACGAUGGCGGGAAGAUUGUGGGCGGAACGGAAACCAAUAUAACAUCGUAUCCAUAUCAAGUAUACGUGGAGGUUCUAAGAGGUGUUCUAUCCUAUGGUUGUGGAGGAAGCAUUCUUAGUGACAAAUACGUGUUAACUGCUGCCCAUUGUCUAACAGGCGUCUCAAGAGUACGGGUUAGAGCAGGCAGUACAUCGGCAAGCAGUGGUGGCACCAGAUAUACAACAUUCUUGUACAAGAUCCAUCCUGACUACGAUCCUAUAACUAGUGAUAAUGAUAUUGGUAUAAUUAGAAUGGUGCGAAAAAUGACAUUGGACGGUGUAAAUACUAGAGCUGUAGCAUUACCAUCCGCUGACACAGUUAUAGACGAAGGCCAAAAUGUUGUUGUUACCGGAUGGGGUGCUACUUCUGAGGGAGGUUCUGGUUCGGAUACUUUGAUGGUGGUAACGGUACCGGUUGUCUCACUGCAAUCUUGUAAUGAGACUUACUCAAACAGUAUCACACCACGAAUGUUUUGUGCUGGGUACGAAGAAGGUGGCAAGGAUUCUUGUCAGGGCGAUUCUGGCGGUCCAGCUGUUGACGAAACAACCGGUGAGCAAUUAGGAGUAGUGUCAUUCGGCAGAGGCUGCGCUCGACCCAACGUUCCCGGCGUGUAUACGAACGUCGUCGAAUUCUUAGACUGGAUAGCUGAGAAUACUAGUUCUUAACCAAAAUUUCUGUUCUCUUUUAGGCUGUGUUAAUAUAUAGAUAAGAACCUGAAUGACACAAAAGGAAUUUUUAUAAAUGUUGAUGUCAGUAUACCAGUAAUAGGACAUAACAAUCGAAAAUCCAGGAAUAGUAUUCAUUAAUCUAAACAACAUUUCGAAAAAUAAUAAACAAUUUUUAAUCCAAUCAUACCUACUGGAUGUUUACAAUAGCUGUACUUAGUCUGUUAAAUAUAUUUAAUUAUGCUAUUAAUUUUAUUUAUUGUUGGUGUUGGUUAUUAUUAUAUGUUAUUACAUAGUUUAAUAAUGAUACAAUUUCAAACA